UCCGGUGCUUUGCAACGCGGCUCGGGCGCAGUUCCCGGCGGAGAUUUCUUCUGGUGGAAACUUGUUACCUCACGCUUUCAUUUUGUGUGCGGCUUCGCUUCAUUCGAGAGCCGACGAUGAAGAUUUCUUCCUCGCUUGACGGACUUUAACUUUGAUCAGCGCGUGAAGCCCAGGGGACUGAAACAGAAUUUCCAACAUCCUUCGGACAACAAGGGGGACGGUAUCAGCCCUCUGUCCACGAUGUCCUCCGGAGGUAAGAAUGACUUGUGCCGAGUGUGUGGCGGAGCUCUCCAGGGAAACCAAAGGCGGUGGCUGUUUGGGGGUCAAAAUAAGAAGACUGGUCAGCCUCAGACCCCGACAGAGUCCCUGAGAGGAGGAAGCCUGUCCCGGUCCUCACAGAGCAGCCCCUGGGGCAGUACAUUAUCUCUGGGUUCCUCGGUGUCUCUCUCCAAGUCCCAGAUAUCCCUGAGCUCCCCGUCUAAAGGGCCGGAUCUGCUCUCGGUGUUGACUCACAUACUGGGGCAGUCUGUACCACGGGGCCACGGGCAGGGGGAGUUUGUCUGUGGCAAAUGUGUGGCCGUCCUCGAGCGGGUGUUCAAGUUCGACUCGGUGAUAGCCAGGGUGAGGGUGCUGUCGUCGGAGAGGCUGCAGAAGCUGACGCAGGAGAGAGACAAGAUCAGACAGUGGGUGCGCCAAAACUACCGCCAGAGGCACCCACGGGACUUCCAGGGUAGGGGCAGCGCCAGCGAGGACGAUGGAGAGGCGGAGAAGGAGGGCUAUAGGGACAUGCUCAAGGAGAACAUGGCACUCUCAGAGUACGAGUGCUGGUCCGAGAAGUGGGACACGUGUCCGUAUUUUAUAAGAACGGGUAAAAGGUGCAGAAGGGGGAAAGGAUGCGAAGGCUGCGAUUCCUUGCGGGUGUCCGACUCAGAUUACGAGUCGGUUUGUGGUAUUCCUCGACACUUGCCUUUCCAACCCUUCUCCCCUUUGGCUUUAUCGCGGGACAAAUCCCAGAGCAUGCCCCUCCACUGGAAGAGGGUGUCAUCUGUAAGCUCCAGUCCGUCUUCGCUGGCGGGGUCCAGUGUGUCCUUGCAAGCGUUAUCCCGCACUGAGUCCAUUCAGUCUCUGGACUCUCUUGACGGCGACGACCCGUUCGACCCAGCGGGUGUUCAGUCAGUCAACUUUGCGCUGAAGGAGCUGAGAAAUAUUGAAGGAAAGCCGGUCAGAUCUCCAUCAGGGAGCAGGAUCCCGGUUCUAGGCAGGAAGGACGGGAGGUACUCAGGAAAAGCUGGAGAGGUGGCGUCGCCCUCAGUGAACAGGGUGCUGAACUUUGGGGACAUGGAGAAUGGAGGGGAUGAAGUGGAUGAAGAGGAGGGGGACGUGCUAACAGAGCUGAGGGACGAGUUCAUGCCUCUUCAUCGAGAGAGCGCAACUGGCAGGGUUCACCACGCCGUCAGGCACCUGCGAGGCCAGCUGGACCAAGCUGUGUCCCGCAUCAGGACCCUGGAGGCCGAGCUGAAGCACGGGAGGAGCACACCGCCUGAAGUGAAUGGAUCAGAAGACUGGGCCCCUCUGGUCCAGGAGGAGGGUGGCCGUUCCCUGCUGCAGAGCCUCGGUCACUCCCUGCACAGCCGGGAGCGUCUGAUCCAGGAGUAUAUGAGUCUGAUCAGAAGACUGUGUGUGGAGGAGGGAACAGGGACUGAGCUGACCAACAAGCUGACUGAGACUCUGAAGGAAACUCUCUCUGAUAACAAGGCUGCCCUGGAGGCUUUGAGGUCAGAAAUGACUGAGAAAGAGAAGCACAUGGAGAAAGAGAUCGAGGCGCUGAGGAAGGCUGGAAGAGACCGAGAGAGAGACCUGGACACACUCAACACUGUGCUGCAGUGCAAUCAGGAUGUUAUUGACGACCUGCGAGUGGCUCUGGGGGAGAAGGAGCAGCUGCUGAAGGAGGUGGAGAAAGAGAGGGAGCUGUGGAGACAGAGGGACCGGGCCCUCGCUACUGUCCUGCAGGAGAAGGAGGCUCUGAUCCACUGCCUCAGAGAGGACCUGAAGAAGGGUUUGGCCGGGGGAGGGGCUCAGCCGGCGGCCUUGUUGGAGGACAGAGAGGGAAACGGCGACUCCUUGUGGAAGGAGGUCACCAAACUCACCACGGCCCUGCAGGAAUACCAGGACCUGGUGCAGAAUCAGCAGGAGAGUCACAGCCAGACGGUGUCUUCUCUCGCAGCCCAGCUCAGAGACACUCGGCAGGAGCUGAGGGAGAAAGAGAAGCAGAAGAAGGAGGCGGAGAGAGCCCGGCAGAACAGCCGAGAGGACGGAGAGCGAGAGGAGAGGAAGCUGAGGGACAGCCUGGAGAAGAGAGACAAACUCAUAGAGCAGAUCCUGUUGGAUGCUGAGGAGCGGGACCAUCUUUUCCGAGAGCUGCAGCAGAACCUGCAGAACAAACGGGAACAUCUGACCGCCGUCAAACAUACACUGUGAGAGCACAACUGCACAGAGAUGGAAGAUUACUUUUGCACUUUCUGCACCACCUUUUUGCCUCUUCAGCAUAUUAACUGUGGUGCACAGUAAGUCUAUUUAUAUUUAUCUCUGUACAUUCUUGAGGUUUGCAUCUGCAGACCUGCCUUGUUCUGGCAUGGGCCGAAGGAAAUUUUAAAUUUUGAGUGAAUCAGUAAUUUCAGACUUUGAGAAUCAGACACAGCCUGAUUGUUUUCAGUAUGGUGAGAUGUCAGGUCUAGCUUCUUCUAACUUGAUUUAAAGUAGGCAGCGAUUAAAUUUAGGGGAAUACAGGGGAAUUGUUGCUGACGCAAACAUUUCUGAACGGUUUUGUUAGCGGAUCUAACAUUAUUUGUGGUUUGUGAAUGAUAUUGCUUUAAAUCUGAAUUUGCCUGUAUCUGUUCUAUGAAUGUCUUUGCAGUGGUGUCUUUAUUGUCUUUGUCUUUUUACUUUCUCAGUACAGAACUGCCAUUGUUUUUGUUUACAGUGCUAACUUAGCACUCCUGGAGGGGAAUACUUUGGACCAAAAUAAUUUUUCUAGCUUCUUUAAUUUUUUGCUUUUAUGUCUUUCUUAUUUUUUGUUUUACUUUGGAACAGGUCUAAAUUAUCUUCACAGUUUAUUUGUCUUGUUUUGUUAGUCUGGGAUGUAGACAUGUUCCUUCUUUUAGCUCAAGAGAAUUAAACACUCUGAUCCAAAUUAC